GCUUAAUCAGAACUUUCUCACAGCCCUCAAGGAUACUGGAGCAAGCAGAGCAGGCACUCUUGAACUCAAAUGGCUUUUAAGUCAGAAUUGACUCCAGAUGGAACUGAGUCACAUGUGGAAAUGGAAUAGUAUACUAUUGUGUGAAUGUACUGCAUUUUCAUUAUCGAUUCUUCAGUUGAUGGACCUCCGGGCUUUUUCCAAUUCUUGGCUAUUGUGAAAUGGAUAGCAAUGAAUAUGGAUAUACACGUAUUAUUAUAGUAAUAUGUAGAUUCCUUUUGGAUGUAUGCCCAAGAGUUGUAUAGAUGGGUCAUAUGUGCCACCAGAAGAUAUUACCUAGGUGCAGUGGAAGUGUACUGGAACUAUAGGCAGAGUGACUUACUCAAUGUGCUGCACACGGACACAAGAUUUCUUCCUAGAAUGCCAACAUCUUUUCCAUUCAACACCUCCACCAUGUACAAAAAGACGGUAUUUGUAGAGUACGUGGACCACCUUUUCAACAUUGCCAAGCCCAGGCCACCCUGGAUGGGUCUGUUGGGUCCUACUAUUUGGACUGAGGUUCAUGACAUUGUGGUCAUUACCCUUAAAAACAUGGCUUCUCAUCCUGUCAGUCUUCAUGCUGUUGGUGUUUCCUACUGGAAAUCUUCUGAGGGAGCUGAAUAUGAAGAUCAGACAAGUCAAAGAGAGAAGGAAGAUGAUAAAGUUUUUCCUGGUGAAAGUCAUACCUAUGUUUGGCAGGUCCUGAAAGAGAAUGGUCCAAUGGCUUCUGACCCUCCAUGUCUCACCUAUUCAUAUCUAUCUCAUGUGGAUCUGGUGAAAGAUUUGAAUUCAGGCCUCAUUGGAGCUUUGCUAGUGUGUAAAGAAGGAAGUCUGUCCAAAAAAAGAACACAGAUGUUGCACCAAUUUGUACUACUUUUUGCUGUGUUUGAUGAAGGAAAGAGCUGGCAUUCAGAAACAAAGGACUCCUUCAUACAGGCUAUGGAUUCCAUGUCUACUGGAGCCUGGCCUAAAAUGCACACAGUCAAUGGAUAUAUAAACAGGUCUCUGCCAGGUCUGAUUGGAUGCCAUAAGAAAUCAGUCUACUGGCACGUGAUUGGAAUGGGUACCACCCCUGAAGUGCACUCAAUAUUCCUUGAAGGUCACACGUUUCUCGUGAGGAAUCACCGUCAGGCUUCAUUGGAAAUAUCACCAAUAACUUUUCUUACUGCUCAAACACUCUUGAUAGAUCUUGGAGAGUUCCUGCUAUUUUGUCAUAUCUCUUCCCAUAAACAUGAUGGCAUGGAAGCUUAUGUCAAAGUAGAUAGCUGCCCUGAGGAACCCCAAUGGCAAAAGAAAAAUAAUGAAGAAAUGGAAGAUUAUGAUGAUGAUCUUGAUUCAGAAAUGGACAUGUUCAUAUUGGAUGAUGACAACUCUCCUUUUAUCCAAAUUCGCUCAGUUGCCAAGAAGUACCCUAAAACUUGGAUACAUUAUAUUUCUGCUGAGGAGGAAGACUGGGACUAUGCUCCUUCACUUCUCACGUCAGAUGAUGGAAGUUAUAAAAGCCAGUAUCUGAGCAAUGGUCCUCAUCGGAUUGGUAGGAAAUACAAAAAAGUCAGAUUUAUAGCAUACACAGAUGAAACCUUUAAGACUCGUGAAACUAUCCAGCAAGAAUCAGGAAUCUUGGGACCUUUACUUUAUGGGGAAGUUGGAGACACUUUGUUGAUUAUAUUUAAGAAUCAAGCAAGCAGACCAUAUAACAUUUACCCUCAAGGGAUCACUGAUGUCAGCCCCCUGCACUCAAGGAGAUUGCCAAGAGGUAUAAAGCAUGUGAAAGAUUUUCCAAUUCGUCCAGGAGAGAUAUUCAAGUAUAAAUGGACAGUAACUGUAGAAGAUGGACCAACUAAAUCAGAUCCACGGUGCCUGACCCGCUAUUAUUCAAGUUUCAUUAACCCUGAGAGAGAUCUAGCUUCAGGACUCAUUGGCCCUCUUCUCAUCUGCUACAAAGAAUCUGUAGAUCAAAGAGGAAAUCAGAUGAUGUCAGACAAGAGAAAUGUUAUCCUGUUUUCUCUGUUUGAUGAGAACCAAAGCUGGUACCUCACAGAGAACAUGCAACGCUUCCUCCCCAAUGCAUCUGAUACACAGCCCCAGGACCCUGAGUUCCAGACCUCCAACAUCAUGCACAGCAUCAAUGGCUAUGUUUUUGGUAGCUUGCAGUUGAAAGUUUGUUUGCAUGAGGUGGCCUACUGGUACAUUCUCAGUGUUGGAGCACAGACAGACUUCUUAUCUAUCUUCUUCUCUGGAUAUACCUUCAAACACAAAAUGGUCUAUGAAGAUACACUUACCCUGUUCCCAUUCUCAGGAGAAACUGUCUUUAUGUCGAUGGAAAACCCAGGUUUAUGGGUCUUGGGAUGUCAUAAUUCUGACUUUCGGAAGAGAGGUAUGACAGCUUUGCUGAAAGUUUCUAGUUGUGACAAGAGUAUUAGUGAUUAUUAUGGAGAAAUGUAUGAAGAUAUUCCAACACAGUUGGUAAAUGACAACAUCAUUGAACCCAGAAGCUUUUUUCAAAAUUCAAAUCAUCCUAAGACUAGGAAAAAAAAAUUCACAGCCACCACAAUUCUAGAAAAUUAUGUAGAGAAGAUUGAGACUCAGUUUGGAGAGACAGCAGAGACGUUUAAAAUGCAAAGUGUUUCCUCUAGUGACUUGUUGAUGCUUUUGGGACAGAGUCAUCCUACUCCACAUGGUUUAUCCUUAUUAGAUAACCAAAAAGCCAUCUAUGAAGCUAUUCCUGAUGAUCAUUCACUUGAUGCAAUAGACAGCAAUGAAGACUCAUCUAAAGAGGCCCAAGUCAGGUCAGAACACCAUCAAAGUGGGAAAAUAGUAUUUACUCCUGAACCAGACUGCCAGUUAAGAUCAAAUAACAGUUUGGAGACAACUAUAGAUGUAAAGUGGAAGAAACUUGAUUUGCAAGUUUCUAGUCUGCAAAAUAAUCUAAUGACCACAACAAUUCUGUCAGAUAACUGGACAGCAAUUUCUGAGGAGACAGGUUAUUCAGAAUCUCCAGGUAUGCCAGUUCACUUUAUUAGUAAAUUAAAUACCAUUGCAUUUGGUAAAAAAACACAUCCCUUUAUUAGGUCUCAUGCACCUCUGAGCAUUAGUGAAGGAAAUAGUGAUUCCAACUUGUUAGAUGCAACUUUAAUAAAUAAUCAAGAAAGUUCACUGGGAGAUAAUAUAUCAUCAAUAGAGAAUGAUAGAUUAUUCAAAGAGAAGAGAUUUUAUGUGAUUGCUUUGUUAGCCAAUGAUAAUACUUUAUUCAAAGAUAAUAUAUCUUUGAUGAAAACAAAUGAGACAUAUAAUUGUUCAACCACUAAUGGAAAAGUUCACAUUGACAGCCCAGCAUCAAUUGAGAAUAGUACAGCAGUCUUGCAAGAUACUGUAUUAAAAAUCAAUAGUGAAAUUCAAGGAUUAACACCUUUGAUUCAUGAUGGAGCACUUUCAGGCAAAAAUACUACAAAUUUCAGACUGAAGUAUAUGCUAACUAGAACUGACUCAUCAAAAAAUAAAGAAAUAUUUCACCAAAAAGAUAAAGAUCCUACUAUACAAGAUAAAGAAAAUACAAUCAUGACAUUUUUCAAGAUACUGUUGCCAGAAUCAGCAAAUUGGAUGAAGCAGACCAAUUUAAAUAACUCCUUGAACUCUGAGCAAGGGCCUAGCCUAAAGCAAUUAGUAUAUUUAAUGUUAGAAAAGUCUGUGAAAAAUCAGAAUUUCUUGUCAGAGAAGAAGAAAGUGAUACUAAAACAGGAUGGAUUUACAAAGGACACAGGACUCAAACAUAGGGUUUUUUCAAGCAACAUGAGUAUAUUUCUUACUAGCUUGCCUAAUAUACAAGAAAAUGAUAGGUACAAUCAAGAAAAAGAUAUUCAGGAAGAGAUAGAAAAGGAAGCAUCAAUCGAAGAAAAAGUAAUUUUGCCUCAGGUACACAUAGCAACUGGUUCUAAGAACUUCCUGAAAGACAUUUUCUUUCUAGGCAGUAGGCAAAAUAUAAGUUUAGAUGAAGAGAUACCUGCACUAAUACUUCAAGACAUCAGUUCAUUAAACAACUCAACAAAUACAGUAGAGAUUCAGAUGGCCCAUUUCUUUAAAAGAAGGGCGGAUGAGGAAACAAAUUUAGGAGGCUUGGUAAAUGAAACUAGAGAAGCAGUAAAGAACUAUCCACGCCAGAAGAAUAUUAUUACUCAACGUAGUAAACGAGCUUUGGGACAAUUCAGACUCACACUAGAAGAAACAGAGCUUGAAAAGCAACAAAUUGUAAAUAGUGCCUCAACUCAAUGGCCUCAAACCAUGAACUAUUUGGCAAAGAGUUUUAUUACACAGAUAGACCAGAGCAAGGAAAAGGAAAAGUUCAUUAUUCAGUCUCCCUUAUUGGAUUCUACAAUGAUUAAAAGCACCACUCAGAAAAAUAGUUCAGGAUCACACAUUGUAAAAACUUCAGCAUUUCUACCAACAGAUCUCAAGAGAAUCCCAUUUCAAGACAAAUUUUUUCAUGUUCUAGCAUCAUCCUACACUUAUGACAUUAAGACAAAAAGUUCCAGAGUUCAAAAAAGUAGUCAUUUCUUAAAAGAAACCAAGAGAAAUAACUCUUCUUUAGCCAUCUUACCAUGGGAGAGGAUCAUAAACCAAGGAAAAUUUGCCUCCCCAGGGACAAGUAAUACAAACUCAGUCACAUAUAAGAAACUUGGGGACAUUGUUCUCUUGAAACCAGUCUUGCCUGAAGAAUCUGACAAAGUUGAAUUGCUUCCUCAAAUUUCCAUUCAUGAAAAAGAACUUUUGCCUAAAAGAACUAGCCAUGAAUCUCCUGGACACCUGGAUCUCAUGAAAGAGGCCUUUCUUCAGAAAACACAGGAAGCAAAGAGACAUGUGGAAAGUCUGAAAGGAACAAGAGAGAGCUCUGAAAAGACUCCCUCUAAACUGCUGGACCAUCAUACUUCACAGAUACAAAAAGAUAAGUGGAAAUCCAAAGAGAAGUCACCAGAAAUUAUACCCAUUAAGAGAGAGGAUACCAUUUUGUCUCUUAACCCUCAUGAAAACAAUCAUUCAGUAGUGGCAAAUGAGAAACAAAAUUGUUCCCAAAGAGAGGCCUCUUGGGUAAAGCAAGGUCAGACUCAAAGAUUGUGCUCUCAAAACCCACCAAUCUUGAAACGCCAUCAAAGGGAACUUAGUGAUUUUCAGUCAGAACAAGAUGCAACUGAUUAUGAUUCUAUCACUGUUGAAACAAAUGAGGAUUUUGACAUUUAUGGUGAAGAUAUAAAGCAGGAUCCCCGCAGCUUUCAAAAGAAGACACGGCACUAUUUUAUUGCAGCUGUGGAGCGACUCUGGGACUAUGGAAUGAGUGCAUCUCCCCAUGUUCUACAAAAUAGGUUUGUAUUUUUUGGUUUUUUCUAUGCUAUUGUGGCCUUUGAUAUUCUAGGUGUCAAAAUGAUUUUAUAAAAUGUCAUCAUUGUC